AUGUGGGGUUGUGGUUUUGAUGAGCGCGAUGAAGAAAGUACGGAUCUAGCAGUCAUCAAGCAGCAGUUUAUGCACGAGCCAGUUAUAAGCUCCUUCGCCUUUCCUCAACCUCCUUUGGGCAUUCAAGCCAAGGAUUUCGUCGCAACCCACUUCGGUAAGGAUGCAAAAAAUAUGCAGUUUCGGAAGGGUACAACUACACUCGCUUUCAUCUAUGAACCUGCUACCGCUAACGACAAGGGUGGUAUUGUCGUCGCGGUCGACUCAAGGGCUUCAUCAGGAGAAUACAUUUCUUCGAAAUCAGUUCUGAAAAUCUUGGAUAUUGGUGAUCGGAUGGUUGCUACCAUGGCAGGCGGCGCUGCAGAUUGUCAGUUUUGGACGAGGACAGUCGCUAAAUAUUGCAAUUUGUUUGAACUGCGGGAAAAAACUCAAAUAACUGUGAGUGCCGCCAGCAAAUACUUUGCCAACGUUCUUUAUGGAUACCGUGGCAUGGGCCUCUCUGUGGGAUCUAUGAUUGCUGGCUAUGACAAGAGAGGGCCACAGAUUUUUAAAGUGGAUAGUGAUGGAGACAGAUGUCAAUUGCAAGUGUGCAGCGUUGGUUCAGGUUCUUUGAAUGCCUACGGAAUCCUUGAUACACAUUAUAAAAGAAAAAUGACCGAUGAGGAAGCACUGAAGUUAGGCCGCCGGGCGAUUAUGCAUGCUACCUACAGAGAUUCUGGAUCUGGCGGUGUUUGUAAUAUGGUGCACAUCACUCCGACGGAGAAACGUCGUCUACCACCGAUCGACGUAAGCAAGUUGUGGUAUGAAUUUUCUGCCGAACUUGGUCGCGAUAUUGCGUACGAACCUCGCGAUGAUUGA